GCGAGAGAGAGCGAGCGAGGAAGCGAUCAAAUCAAAAUGGCGUGCAUCGUAAAUUUCUCGGCGAUAACGCAGCCAAAGCCUCAGCCUUGCUUUGCUUCACUCCCAGCCUCCACUUCUUCCCAUCGCUCUAACUCUCCCAAGCUUCAAACUUCACACUUGUCAUUCGCCUCGAAUAAUUCACGCAUCUCCCUCCGUUACGAUAGAACCCUAGCCGUCUCUCCUCCAAGGGAAACCUUGUUGUCAAAAGCUCCUAAUUUCAUGAUAGUAGCAGCUGCUAAUAAGCCAGAACCUCUCAAAAUUAUGAUAUCUGGGGCUCCUGCUUCUGGCAAAGGAACCCAAUGCGAGCUCAUCACACAAAAAUAUGGCUUGGUGCAUGUUGCUGCUGGCGAUUUACUUAGGGCAGCAGUUGCGGCUGGUAAAAUACCUUCUCAUCGAGUGUUGACAAUUUCUAUCCCGUCAAAGGAAUACCUGCAUGAAGUUGAAGAGCAACAUCACCGACAACCUGUUUUAAAAUUAGCAAAGCAUAAAGGUGGUCAGGUCCAUGUUGGACUGUUAAAUAGAAACUAG